ACAGGAACGCUGCGAUCGGUGACUUGACUUUUGACAGCUACUUGUCAAUGUCACAAAUGUCACAAUUUAGUUGUUUUCGGCGAAGCAUGAUGUUUUACAGGUCUGGCGUAAAACGGCACGAUGUAUUCAGGCAGCGAUUCCAAUGAGUCCCAAAAGUACGCCAACUGGGCCCUAAAUCCGUCGAAUUACAAAAAUGUACCCGGAGAGCAGGUCGACUGGGCCGCUCUAGCCCAACAGUGGAUAAUAAUGAAAGAAGCCGGACCGCCGCCGAUACCCGGCGAACAGCCCGUCUUAAUCAACAAGAAGCCGGACAACAAUGAGGGCGGCGAGGCCGAAAUGGACGUGGAAAACGACAAAGAGGGCCCCCCGCCGCCCGCCUGGGGCCCCAACGACCCGCCCUCGCUGCCGCCCGGCGUCGAACCGUGGAACUGGCCGCAGCAAAACCAAACCUGGACCAACUGGGGCAACCCCAAUUGGAUACCGCCCAGCGGCGUGCCGCCCCCGGUGCCCAAUUUGACCUUAAACGCCGCCAAAACGCCCCUUCUACCCACUCCUCCGGUCAACAAUUCCUUCACCGAACCGCCCGAGAGCAGCAGCGACAACGCCACGCCGUUCGGAAGCGCGAAUUCCGAAUUCAACGCCAACCCGUAUUGGAACAACUCGAGCGGUUCGCACAAGCACAUCAAGCCCCACAACAAGCGCUACAGCAAAGUGAACGUGCCGAUCAGGGCCAGCGCUCCGCUGCCCCCCAUCGCGGUGCCCGCCGAACCGGCGCCCCCGCAGCCCCAACAGACCUCUCCCACCAUCGAUACGGCCAAGAGAAAACAACUACCCGCUUGGAUUCGAGAAGGUUUGGAGAAAAUGGAGAAAGACAAACUCAAGCAAAUGGAGAGGCAGCAGAAAGAGAAGGAGGAAAGAGACACGGAAAUCGAUCACAGAUCGAAGCAGACGAGCGAGGAUACAAUAGAAAUAUUGAAGACUACGAUCAGAGAACGGCAGAAGAGCAGAUUCGAAAGCGACGAAGAAAACUCCGUGGAAGUUGUGAAAAAAACCAAAAAACCGCAUAAAGAGGAACCACCGGUCGUUUUAUCCCAUGAAGAAUUGAUGUUGAAAGUUCGCAAGACAAUGACCGAAAUCCUAUUAACCGUAACGAAUCGACUGAUCGAAGGCGUCUGUAAAGAGGAAUUGCAACGUUAUCUCAAACAUAACAAAGCUUCAGAAGCGGCUUCAGCACCCAGUGCUGUCAACCUAAGAGGAAGACUCGGGCUGGGUAUAUACGGCGGUGAUGAUUCGGGGAGCAGCUCGACCGACGCUAGCGAUGAUGAUGAAAGGGACGUGAAAAAUUCCGAUGAUGAAUUAAGGGAUACUAUCAAGAAGAAAAUGGCGGAGUUUCAAAAGACAGAACGGGAAAUCGAGCAUAGAUUAGAGGAGGCCGAACGGCAGAAGAUCGGCAGCGCUAGUAGAUCUUCUACGCCGGAAUCCAACGAUAAUGAUUCACAGGUAGAGGCUCGCCCUCAAGGCCGCAAAUCGAAACCGAAAUCGAAGCAGCGCUCCUCGUCCUCCUCGUCGUCGCCGCCCAGCGACUACUCCAACAACAAAUCCAAAACGAGCCACCGGUCCUCGUCGAGCGAUUCCAAAGACUCCAGCUACCGGAGGAAAUCGUCGAAGAAGCGUUCGGUGACGCCGAAACGGCGGCGCUCCGAGGCCGCGCGGCGCCCGUCGAACGCCAAGCGGCGGCCGUCGAGCGGGAGGAAAUCCGCAGGGGGCGCGAAGCGCCGGUCGCGGUCCCGGUCGCGAUCGACGUCGUACAAGAAGCGCAGGCGCAGCAGGUCGCGCGAGCGCCCGCGAAGGUCGAGGAGCUCGUCGAGAAGUAGGUAUUCGACGAGGAGGUCGCCGUCGAGCUCGCGGAGCGAUAGGAGGAAGAGGAGGAGAUCGAGGUCGGAGAGUAGCGGCAGGGGUAAGAGGUCGUACAGACAUUGAAAAUCUACCGAUUUUGGAUAGCAAAAGGUUGUAUAUUUUUUACCGAUUUCUCUCUCUCUCGCAUGCUCGGUUUCGAUGUUGAAAAAUAUGCAGACGGAUUGUCACCUGUCAUUCGAAUGUCGAAUUCAUUAAAGUCGAAUAAAUCACGUGAAUUUUUUUUAACGACAACUUGAAAAGUAAGUAUAAAGUUAUAAAACUUAUUUAUUUAAAUAUAGGAAUAAAAUUUCCUCGAAUAUUACAAAUUUUUAUCCAAAUCUGGUUAUCUUUAUCAGUCCCAUUUGUAUUUUUUUGAAGUAUCUCAUUUUAGUAAGCCGUGAUUGUCAUUCAAAUGUCAAAUUAAUUAAAAGUCAAUGAAAUGUCGAAUAAAUCAAAUGAAAAUUUUUUAACGAGUACCCUUAAAAUGUAAGUAUAUUUAAAUUAUAAAUUUAAUUAACUAAUUAUUUAAGUACAGAAAUUAAAUUUCCUGAAAUAUUCCAUUAGACAAAUCACAUAAUUUGUUCUAAAUCUUGUUGUCUUUAUCAGUCCCAUCUGUAUUUUCAAAUGUCAUUCAAAUGUCAAAUUAAUUAAAGUAACUGAAAUAUCGAAUAAAUAAUGUACGAAAACUUUCCAAAUUAAUCGAUUAAUUAAUAAAGUAAGUAUUGGAAUAAAAGUGACUCGAAUAUUGUGCUAGAGAAAUCACAAAAUUUUAUCCAAAUCUUGUUGUCUUUAUCCCUCCAGUAUCUCAUGCGUUUUUAAAGAAUCUCAUCUUAUUAUCAGUAAGCCGUGGCUGUCGCUGUCAUUUAAAUGUCAAAUAAACGUCAAAUUAAUUAAAUGAGAAUAUUCAACAGUAAAUUAAUCAGAACGUGCAUUUAGAAAAUAUCGUGAAACAAAUUUACUAUCGAAUUAUUAAAAUUUAAGAAAAUCCGAUUUGUCAGGUAAGAAUCUGAACCGUUAAAAAAUUGAAUUCUAAUUCUUAUCAUAUUGGUAAGUGCAAAUUUGUUUACAAUUUACAAUAUGGUCAAUUCUAUGAGUUAAAAUUAAAAUAACAGUGGUUAGAGUAAGAAAGUUGCAGUCUCACAAUAUCACUCUUUCUUUUUUUCUUUAUACGAGAUUAAUGGUUGUCUUUGUUGCACCCAUAGACACCAUAUUGCAUACAAAUUUGCACUUGUCUGUAUAAAAUAGUCUGCAUAUUUUUGAAUAGCAAGAAUAAAGUCUGAGACCGUUUUUUCUGUCUUCAGGUGUGGUUUAUACACAUCUUUUUGGAAAUACGGACCUACAAUUUAAUAUAUUAUGUUCUUAGUGAUAAAAGAUUUCGAUACCUUACUGUAUUAUAUUGUAAAUUAAUUCAUAUUGCACAUAAUGCUAUACUGAGUUGUUUGGGAGUUUUCCCCCCAUCGAUUUACUUUUAAGUAAACAACUUCUCUUCUAGUAAAAAGUUGAAUUUUAAAAAUCGAACAUGUUUUAAUGUUUUUUUUUGGUUUAUAAACGAUUAUCAAGGCGA